AUGUGUCCCAUGUUUUGCGCUUGUUCCAUAUUCUUGUCAUGUGUCCCAUGUUUUGAGCUUGUUCCAUAUUCUUGUCAUGUGUCCCAUGUUUUGCAUUUCUUCCAUAUUCUUGUCAUGUGUCCCAUGUUUUGUGCUUCUUCCAUAUUCUUGUCAUGUGUCCCAUGUUUUGUAGUUGUUUUAUAUUCUUGUCAUGUGUCCCUUGUUUUACAAUUUUUCCAUAUUCUUGUCACGUGUCCAAUGUUUUGCACUUGUUCCAUAUUCUUGUCAUUUGUCCCACGUUUUGUGCCUCUUCCAUAUUAUUGUCACGUGUCCCCUGUUUUGUGGUUGUUUUAUAUUCUUGUCAUGUGUCCCAUGUUUUACGAUUAUUCCAUAUUCUUGUCAUGUGUCCCAUGUCUUGCGCUUUUUCCAUAUUCUUGUCAUGUGUCCCAUGUUUUGCGAUUUUUUCAUAUUCUUGUCAUGUGUCCCAUGUUUUGCGCUUGUUCCAUAUUCUUGGCAUGUGUCUCAUGCUUUGCGAUUGUUUCAUAUUCUUGUCAUGUGUCCAAUGUUUUGCGAUUAUUCUAUAUUCUUGUCAUGUGUCCCAUGUUUUGCACUUCUUCCAUAUUCUUGUUAUGUAUCCCAUGUUUUGCGAUUAUUCAAAUAUCUUGUCAUGUAUCCCAUCUUUUGUGCGUGAUCC